AUGAAGUUAUGGGACGUUCUGGCCACGUGUUUCUUGCUGCUGAGCACCGCCUCCACGAACCCGCUGUCCCGAAAUCUUCAGUCCGCACAAACCUCCAGCUUCCCGGGGCAGCUCGGUGAUGUUCCGUCGCUACCACUGGAUAAACCCGAGUCUGAGCCGGAAUCCAACUCCGCAGCUGAAUCCGUCACUCUGCAAGAAUCCUCAACAGAAGAGCACUACGAAACCAACGGGCCGUUCCCGGAGGAGUACGAGGAGGUGAUGGAGCUCAUCCAGGCCACCAUUCGGAGGCUGCGCAGGUCCCCCGAGAAGGGCGGCGGCGGGCGGGGCAGGAGGGGGCGGGACCGACAGAGGUCCCCAGCCAAUCGGGGAGGCAGGGAGGACAAGAAGGGGCGGGGCCGCAGGAAAAGGGGGGGGCGGGGCCGGAACCGCGGCUGCGUGCUCAAGCAGGUCCACCUGAAUGUGACGGACCUGGGUCUGGGGUACCGGACCAAAGAGGAGAUGAUCUUCAGGUACUGCAGUGGGCCCUGCGUGAACUCGGAGACCAACUACGACAAGAUACUGAACAACCUGACGCACAACAAGAAGCUGGAGCAGGACCCCCCCCCGGCCCGGGCCUGCUGCCGCCCCACCGCCUUCGACGACGACCUCUCCUUCCUGGACGACAGUUUGACGGAGUAUCACACCCUGAAGAGGCAUUCCGCCAAGCGGUGCGGCUGCGUGUGACUUCCUGUCCGGCAGGACGUGAAAGAGAUGGGCGGGCAGAGAGGGGGGGGGGUGGGGACGGGGGAACAUGCGGCGGAGCGGGGAACGCACUCCCCCAGCCCCAAACGGCUCGCUGUGAGGGGGGGGGGAGGAGUCACUGACCCCCCCACCACCACCACCACCGAGGAACAGGACCAAGGCCGAGACGCCCGCUCGGAGAGUCACGGGGUCACAAAGGAUGAACGACGAGGGGGGGGGGGGGAGGGGGGGCGCCCCCCUUUCUUAGCCCCGACGCGACAGAAACGAGACUUUGCUCACGAACGGCGCGUAACUGCUUUACUGGGGGUCGCGCAGUAAUUCCUUACCCUGUCCCCUCUCCCGAAGGUCAGUUUACCUCCUUUCCGUCGAGAGGGUUGCUCUUUCUCAAGUCCCGCAGUGAACUUUUCCAAAACCUCCUUGUUUACCGACAAAUGUUUCCUCACGCUCAGUAGAAAUACCGUGCCGACAGCGCGUCCUGCAAGCAAGACCGUAAAAUCAACAGACGUUCUAUUUACUGUUACACGGAAGGUCACGCCAGCUCCCUGCACAUUUGGAGUUGGCGAUGCUGGGCUCUUCGGGAAAGGAAUUGUGGGAUUGCGGAGGUUCCUCAGUUGCUCUUCACUCAGGUCCUGAGGAUGGGGGGGAGGCCUGGGUUUUGCAAACGCUUCCUGGUCUUUAAAUUCAGCUGCUCCAGAUACAAGUAUUUAAGUCCGGCCAGGUACAGCCCACUGUCGCUGCUUGUAAAUGAUCGCAAAGUUUACAAAUGUUUUCCGAAAGAAAGCUUGGCUCACUUCACGAAUGACUCCCAAAAGGCCAAUACACGGACUCUGGUGCAAAUGCAUCUAUUCAGAUUCCUAAAUGCAUAAAAUAUAUAUAAAAAAGAUAUUUAUUAAGGUUUAAUUAACUUAUUGUUAUUUAUUGCAGUCCAUUUCAUGAAAAUAUGUUCUUUUUUCCUAUUUAUUUGAUUAUUUCUUUUCUUUUCUUAACAGUGCCAAACAGGAAAAUAUGUUAAAAAGAAAAAGCAUGUUGAAGAGUAAUUAGGUUGAUGCUGGAAACAUGACUCCUGGUGGAGAAAGACAGCCCCAAUCUCCAAACGUUACUCUUUUAUACUACGUUGUCUCCACCUGUUCAACUGUGUAUUUGAGUUUCUACUUUGUUUGAUCUGUUAUUAACGUUAUUGGCCCAUUGUCACUGUCCACUCAAGUAAAUAAGAGAGGUGUCGGAGUAACUGUGACAAUCAUCAUCCUCUGUUUGAGAUACAAAUAUUUAAUCUGCAAUUUGUCCAUUCCUGUUUCACUUUUGUUAAUCCAUAAAAUAGGAAUGUCAAUGUUAAAACUAAUAUUAUAAUUGUUCCUUAUUUUAUGACUAAAUGCAAAUAUACCCACUAUCGUACCCUUUCGGGGACAGUUUAAUUGAUCAUUGUUCGCACGUUACGGGAUUCAUGUAUGACACAGAUGCACCCGGUGGCUUUGUCAGGACGGAUGUGGGAUUUGUUCCGAGACAGCUGCGUUUCCACAGGAAGCGAUGUGUUACAGAAGAUGAAAUCAGACUCUUACAUAUUUCACGAUUUGAAUCGUGUGGCAGUGAAAGCGGUUUUCAUUCAGCGCGUUUAUGAGCCGUGCUGAAUCCAGCACGGGGGGGGGGGGGAGUCAGACGAGGUGUCAGCUGCAGGUGAUUUAUUUUCGGGGCAGGAGGAGGAGGAGGACUUGGCCCCGCGUCUCGCCCAGCGUUAGAGACGGGACAGGACAGCUCUGUCUGUCGAGUCGCGCGGAAGAGCGCGAGUGAAAUGGUUUCCUCCGCGUGCACCCGAGGAGCGAUGGGAAGGGAACAUGGCGGAGUCUGGUGUUCGUCAGACGGUCUGUUCACUUACGUGUCCCCCUCGCUCCCCCUAUACCCGUGGCCCCCCGCUGCCCCGCCCCCCCCAUCCUCUCGGGCUGGGAAGGCUUUUAAACAAUCCCUGUACCGACCACCUCCACCCCCCACCCCCCAUCCUUUCGCCUGGGGAGGCUUUAAGACACCCUAACACCACCCCCCUGCCCCACCCCUGGAUUUUGUCGUUCUACGGAGUGACUUCCUGGCCAAUAAGAGGCUACCACUCGCUGAGCCAGGUGUAGGGAAACAAGCAAACGAGCAGCUUAAACGCCUCAUACCGACCAAGCAUUCCGGUUUACAGCCAGUCUCCUCCUGUCCUCCCUCUCGCGUCCAAACAAACUUUCCUUUCUGUAUAAUCUAAACGGAAUCCUGUGUCCUGGUAUCUUAGAUACCUGCACUGACAAACAGACACGCAACGCACAUCGGACUAGAGUACAAAUUAAAAGGGGAGGAAAAAAAGAGAAAAUGCCAGGAAGAGCUAUUAUUCAAUUAUACAUUUAAGGCAAAUUAACUGAAUGAUUAUAUUGUCAUUCAGUAUCUUGAAGUUAGAUUUUACACUAUUGUGUUUAAGUAAAGGUUACUAGAUACAUUUGCCUUCAUCAGACCACAAAAACGUUCUCUCAGAAUCCUGUUUUUAUUUUGAAGAGGUAUGAAGCGUAAUCAAGACAGGAAAAUGUGCUCAUUUACAAGAGGCCAUAGUCCUUUAUUUACAAACCGACAUAGAGGGUGAAGGACUAGUUUUUUUUCAGUCCAGGUAUCCUGGAACAUUCUUUUAGCUAUGCAGUAUUAAAACAAAAAAAGGUCAGUUUAUUUAAAUUUCCAGUACCAAUGACAAAGCCAUGAAAUACAUUUGAAAGUAUGAAAUUCAGAUUUUCUGGAUGUGUACCCUUGUCCAAACUCCGAACUCCCGACCCUUCUACACCCUGAGGGGUCACAUGGCCUGAAAUGUUAACCUGUUUUCGAUGUUGUAGGUUUUGUGUUGUGAUUCUCUCCGCUGCCUGUGCUGUUCUGUCAUCGUCGUUGAAGUGUUUGGGUUUCCAUGACAAUUAUUAAUUGAUAAGCUAUGAAAAACAAACAAAAAAAAAAGAGUGGAAAGGUAUAAAGUUUUGAUCUCUGGUGGAUAGCGGACGGAAGGCACUGUGUUGUGUUCAAAACCAGCAGUUUUAAAGUGAACUUUCCGUGAAAAAAGGCUCAAUGUCCUCCUCAUUUGUGUUACUGAACCAAAGUUCUCUUUACAGACUUUAUUUUUGUACAAUAUUCAUUUUAUAACUUUUUACAAGAUUAAACGUGUUUCUAUCACUUUCAA